AUGUUGUCCGAAGGCUUUAUAACGUCGAUUCGUGCUCAACCAAAAUCCGCGAACACUGCGGUUGCCAAAGAUGUUGGAAUCUACCUCCAUACAUUAAAUUCGUCGCACACGGUCAAGUCCUCGUUCAAAAAGAGCUCCACACAUGUGAAUGCUCUCGCGGCAAAUGCCACUCAUAUAUUCGCAGCGCAGGCUGACAAAGCGGUUGUUCAUGUGUACUCAAGGGAGCGAGGGAAUCAGGAGGCAUUGGUUUCGUUUCCAGAGAGGAUCAGCUGCUUGACCCUGGCAGGAGAGAGUGUGGUUGUCUUCACAGGUCGGAUGAUUUCAACGCCAUCUGCUCAUUUGCAGACAGUAACAUCUAUAAGUGCUACAAAAUUGGAUAUCCUGACUGGAUCCGAGGAUUCGAAUAUACAUGUCUGGUCACUACCUCGACUUUUGGCAUUGGGAACAAAGGAGCCUCUGGAGCCGCUGCGAAGCUUGUCAAACCAUCGAGCUGCCAUUACCUCUCUUGCCAUAGGUCAGGGCACAAAUCAAACAAACAUCAGUGUUUCUGCCAGUCGAGAUAAUACCAUCAUCGUCUGGAAUCACCAUACAGGAGACCUGCUUCGCACGCUCUUGUUACCUUCGACACCCCUUUGCGUCGCCCUUGAUCCAUGCAAUCGAGCGGUGUAUGCAGGGUUUGAAGACGGUUCGUUACAGAUGAUCGAGUUCUUUCAAGCAAACUCUACCUUAAACCCGCUGUUUGACCCGAAUCUUCAGACGACGCCAGUACAGAUCACCGAAGCUCCCUGGACCGCGCCCUCUGAACCCGGGUCCGUACACUGCGUAGGUUUGAGUUACGACGGCACUUUUAUUCUGUCUGGUCACGCGUCAGGAAAGAUAUCCCAAUGGGAUACGGGUCGUCGUGCUUUCUCUUCCGAGCUUGUUGAUCUUAAUGCUCCUGUCACAAAUCUCCUAAUGCUAUCGCCUUUCCCCUCGAGGGUUACUGCUCGAGUUACUACUGUCGUGAAGCCGAAGCUUGGUGAGGUUCAAUACACAUUUACAGCUCAGCUCUGUGCUCCACCCCACACGACUGAUUUUGAUCGAAUAGUCAACUCAAACGGGUUUCCAGAGGAGAUGUUAGUGGAUGCGGUCGCCCGAUUCUCGACUCCGACAAGUUCAUCUUCGAGUGGAGAUGACAAAUUAAGGAAAGAAAAUGAAGAACUGUGGAGAGUUGUGAAUGAGCAGCAAGCUUUGCAGAAGAAGACACUGGACAAAUACAACAAACUCAAGGCUAACGGGUCUUGA